AUGCUGAAGCGCUCUUCGGCAGCCCCGCGAGGCUCCAGGAAUACCUCGCCCAGCGUCCGUGGCGGCGGAAUACAAAAGCGCAGAGCUGGUCCGGCUCGAGUCGAUAAAGAUGGAGACUUGGUGAUGGAUCCUGUAGCUGCCGGUGGAGAGCGUAAAUCUGGGAGGGGUCAGCUUGGGGGGCAGAAAUCCAGGGCACGUGGGCCGGGGCGAGGUAGUGGAGGACCCUCGAGGGGUGGAAAUGCAGGAAUUAUCAAAGCCCAGCAGGCCAUCAUUCGAGGUUUGGGAGCGAAACAAGCAAAUGUUUUGGAGUCACACGUCACGACUGGCGGGACCAUGGCUCGAGUAGAUGGGCUGAGCUCGAGCAAAGCCGCUUCGAAUCCAGAUGGUGGUGUAGAGAGUCUACUGGCAUUUCUGGAGCGCAAAGCAAGCGGACUGGACGCCAAAUCGAACAGGGCUAUCAAGAUCAAGAAGUCACUGAAGAAGGGUGACUCGGUCAUUAUCACCGCCAGCCCGGAGGAUAUUGCAGAAAUCCAGAAAUUGGAUAAUUUCAUGUUUGCAGGGACCACUCUAACCAUUCAACCUUAUGAUCCUUCGUCAUUAGCAAGAUCGGACAAGUCGGAAGAUAAAAAGAAAGCCCAAGUUUCCCCCAGUGCGCAGGAAACUAAGGAGCGCCUUCGCGGCAUUCUCGCCACCAGAUAUGAUGCCGCUCUGAAACUCCUCGACCUGUCCGCUUUGGCACAAGAUGAGGGACUGAAGCAGAUGGGUGUCUUCGAUGGCAGCACGACUACUUCAAAGAUUUUCCCGGCCCUCAUGGUCGUAUGCGACGGGCUCUUUAAGACCAGGCAAGAAAAACGAGACGCCAUUGUCAGUGUCACACUUGCAGACAACAACUUGGCCGAUGUAUCCGACGUCGCUGCACUUGCCCAAACAUUUCCAGAUCUUAAGAAUCUCGACCUCUCACGAAAUAGACUCGAACAAUUGAGUUCCCUCGAUGCAUGGCGCUCUAAACUAAGACACCUAUCCAAUUUAGUGCUUAUCGGAAAUCCGAUCGAGUCACAGCUACCCACUAUUAAGACCGAGAUCAUGAGGCGGUAUCCGUACCUUGAGGUCCUAAAUGGCGUCCAAAUAAGAACACCCGACGAGAUUGCAGCAGCGGUUGAGGCUGCAAAAUCUCCAAUUCCAAUAGCUACACCUGACUUUCGGGAUGUUGGCCAGGUUGGAGAGAAUUUCAUCCGACAGUUUGUGGUGCUAUAUGAUAACGACCGGCCUCAGUUAUUAGCGACGUUCUACGACAUGCAAUCAGUUCUUUCGAUAUCCGUCAACAUGCAGGCUCCUCGAAACCCCAAAAACUCCGUUCCCAUUCCGCCUUGGGCAUCAUAUACGAAACACUCUCGCAACCUAGUUAAGAUCAACAAUCUGCCCACACAGAUGAGUCGGAUGCACCGUGGCAGCCAAGCCAUCCAAUCAGUAUGGGCAACCCUACCUGCGACUCGUCACCCUGAUCUCCAGAGUCAACCCGAAAAAUAUCUCAUUGAAUGCCACCCACUGCCUGGAUUGGCGGAUCCCAACAACCAGAGCAUUCGAGGAGUUGAUGGCUUAAUCGUCACCAUGCACGGCGAGUUCGAAGAACAAAACGACUCAACAGAGCAGGCUCUUCGGAGCUUCUCGCGGACCUUUGUCUUGGGCCCAGGUGCCCCAGGCGGCCCUCCUAUCAGAGUCGUCAGUGACAUGAUGGUUCUCCGAGCCUGGGGACCUUUAGCUCUACCACGGUCUUCCCCCAUCGCCCCAGAGACUCCGCAAGGCAAUCCAGAGCAGCAGAAGCAACAAGCUAUAGCGAUGCAAUUGGUGGAGAGGACUGGUAUGACACCGAAUUACGCCAUGUUAUGCUUGACCGAGACCGGUUGGGAUCUUGAGCAAGCUUUUAUCGCAUUUACUGCCAAUAAGGAUAAAUUACCUCCGGAUGCGUUCAUUGCAGGCGCAACGAGAUGA